UGUUCUCAAUUUGACCAUCCGCGCAUCACGAUAUAAAGUCCUUCCACGCUUAUGUCUUUUCCGGAGUAAGCAAGUCGAUACUCUGAUAUCGCCAAUAUUAGAAUUACAAGCACAUUUCGUCAAGCCGAUCAUAAAAGUUCGACGUCAAUGACGGCCGCCAACACUGACACCGCUGCCCCGAGCGACGACCGAAUGAAGGCGGUGAAGGAGUUCGACGAGUCCAAAUCGGGCGUCAAGGGCCUCUCCGACUCGGGCAUCACCUCCAUACCCGAAUUCUUCGUCCACCCUCCAGAGACUCUCUCAAAGCUCAAGCCAUCCUCAAACGCUGCCACCCUCUCAAUCCCCGUCAUCGACCUGUCCGACCUAAACUCCACCGACCGUCGCCCCGCGAUCGUCACCCAGAUCAAGGACGCGGCCCGAACCUGGGGCUUCUUCCAGCUCAUCAACCACGGCGUACCCGUCUCAGCGAUCAACGAAACCCUUGAGGCCAUCAAGGCCUUCCAUGAGCAGUCGCAGGAGGAGAAGUCCAAGUACUACAGGCGCGAGGAGGGGCGCGGAGUCAUGUACUCGAGCAACAACGACCUGUACCGGUCGAAGGCGGCGACGUGGCACGACGCGCUGCAGGUGUGGAUGGGACCGGAUCCACCGGAGGCGGAGGAGAUACCGGAGGUAUGCCGGGGGGAGGUGGUGACAUGGGACCGCCACGCAACGGAGGUGGCGGAGAAUGUGAUGGAACUUCUGGGCGAGGGCUUAGGGCUGGAGGGAGGGAGGUUCAAGGAGCUGACGUUCUCGGAGAAGAGGCUUCUCGUUGGGUUAUGUUACCCGCCGUGCCCGGAGCCAGAUCGGACUGUGGGCCUGACGCCGCAUAGCGACUCAUCGUUCUUGACGGUGCUGAUGCAGAACCAGGUGAAAGGUUUGAGGGUGAAGCACGACGGCGAGUGGGUGGAGGUGAGCCCUGUGCGUGGAGGGCUGAUCGUCAACGUUGGUGAUUUCCUCCAGAUUGUGUCGAAUGGGGAGUACCAAAGCGUAGAGCACUGCGUGGCAGCGAACUCGGCCGAAGAGCCAAGAAUCUCAAUCGUCAUGUUCUUCAACCUGGCGAAGUGGCGGAGCAGAUCGAGCAAUUACUAUGGACCCUUGCCCGAGUUGCUGAGUCCUGAGAGACCCGCCAUUUACAGGGACUUCACCGAGCAGGAGUUCCUCCACAACCUCUUCAGCAAGGGCUUCGACAGCAAGUCCAUGAUCGAGAAGAUCAAGAUCCCAAAUUGAAUGCGCUUGGGUCCGCACAGAUAAUAAAACUCCAUUCUCGUGUCUCUCUGGUUCAUUAUGUGCACUCUUCUUUGGAAAAGAGAAGAGUGAGUCUUCUCUGACGGAGGUGUGCGCCGGCAUGGGAUAUGGACAAGAGAAGAUGCAUCACGAUGUUUCUCAACCUUUUGUUCUUUUUUACUGGAUUUUGCUGCUAAUUUAGCACUGCUAUUUCAGUC